AUGUCCGAAGUUCCUGCUUCUCUGAUAGAGCAUAACCCCAAGAUCCUGUCGGGGCCAGUGCUCACGAAUUCACCCAAUGCGUUCCUGUCGAAGACCCUUCUGAGCCGAUACCAGGAUCUGCCGAUUCCUAAUGGAAAUUACAUCGCAACGUACGUGUGGAUUGACGGCACAGGAGAACACCUGAGGUGUAAAGACCGGACACUCACUUACCUUCCGACAGAACCGAAACAUUUUCCGGUAUGGAACUUCGACGGCAGUUCUACGGGUCAGGCUGACAGAAAGAACGCGGAUACUAAUUUGGUACCUCGAGCCAUCUAUCGGGACCCAUUCCGUCGUGGGAAUCACAUGUUAGUUUUGUGCGACACAUACAAGUAUAACAUGGAGCCGACAGACACCAAUCAUCGCGUUAAAUGCCAAGAGGCCUACGAUCGGUGCAAAGACGAGGAACCCUGGUUUGGCCUGGAGCAAGAGUACAUUCUGCUUGACUCUGAUCUCCGCCCCUUCGGGUGGCCCCCCGGCGGGUGUCCACCACCACAGGGCCCCUACUACUGCGGUGUCGGCGCCAAUAAGGUGUUCGCUAGGGAUCUUGUACAAGCCCAUUAUUUGUGUUGUCUGUACGCUGGCGUCCCAAUAACCGGUACGAAUGCGGAAGCAAUGCCAUCCCAGUGGGAGUUCCAAGUGGGCCCAUCAGUGGGAGUAACUGCCGCUGACGACGUGUGGAUAGCUCGUUUUAUCCUGCACCGCUUGGCUGAAGAGUAUGGGGUGAUAGUAUCAUUUGAUCCAAAACCUGUCAAGGACUGGAAUGGCUCAGGGGCCCAUAUGAAUUUCUCUACGAAGAGUAUGAGAGCUGAAGACGGAAUUGUCGAGAUCGAGAAGGCGAUAGACAAGCUGUCGAAGGUGCACAUGAAGCACAUCAAGGUGUACGACCCCCGCGGGGGCAAGGACAACGAGCGCCGCCUCACCGGCCUCCACGAAACGGCCAGCAUCAACGACUUCAGCGCCGGAGUUGCAAACCGGAGCUGCAGCAUCAGAAUUCCACGUACAGUGGCCUCGCAGAGGCGCGGUUAUCUCGAAGAUCGGCGGCCUGCCUCUAACUGCGACCCUUACGCAGUUGUCGACGCGCUAUUGCGUACUUGCGUUCUAAACGAAUGA